AUGACUGAGCCGGACUCGAAGCGCUCAAGGCGCGACCCUGCGCCUUGGGGAGAUGGUUCCAAUGGUCACAGAGCUUCCGAGCAAGAUCCUUAUGCGGGCGUUCCACCUGCCGGUGGAUACGAUCCAUAUGGGCGUCGACCGUAUGAUGACUACUACAGGGACCCGUAUGGGCCUUAUGCGGGCUACCCUGCGUACGAUCCGUAUGCAAGGCACCACUACCCACCGCCGGGGUAUUCAUCAGGAUAUUACGCGCCUCCGCCGCCUGGCUACGGCUAUCCGCCCUCAUAUGGUGCUCCUCCUGGAUAUCCCCCACCAGGCUAUCCGCCGCCAGGCUAUCCGCCACCGGGCUACCCACCGCCGGCCUACCCGCCGCCGGGUUAUCCGCACACUGCGCCGGCUGACAGGGAAAGGGACCCCAGGGAGCCUUCACACAGGAGCCGUUCACCAAGAAGGGGAAAGGGCUCGAGGAAGGGCAAGGACCAGGGCCGAGGAAAGCGGAAGCGCGAGGAGUCCCCUGACGACUCCGGCGCCGCAAUAAGCGGUGCAGAUAUCAACCUCACGUUGGCAGAGGUUUUCCCGCGGCUUGCAAAAGCGGCGAAGGAGCAGGAGGGCAGCCGCUUCUUGCAAUGGAAGCUGGCUGGUAACUGCAGUGCAGAAGACAAGGCCAAAAUCUACGACUUGGCGAUGCCUGACACGGUAAAACUGGCCACCGACGCCUUUGGCAACUUCGUUGUGCAGAAGCUCCUUGAGCACGGCACGACUGAACAGCUGGAGGUCAUGCUUUCAAAGGUCAAGGGUCAUGUUCUCGAGCUCUCCGAGCAUAAGUUCGGCUGCCGGGUGAUUCAGAAGAUGCUCGAGGUGCUGCCUUCGCCCAAGAAGUCGGCCAUUACGGCCGAGCUCAUGGACAAGGUCGUCCAGUGUGUGUACGAUAUGCAUGGCAAUCAUGUUGUCCAGAAGAUCGUGGAAAACUUGAGCGCGGACGACAUUGAGUUUGUCAUCCGUGCUAUUUCUGCCAAGGCAGCAGAAAUGGCAGCGCACAUGUAUGGCUGCCGCAUUAUUCAGAGACUUCUGGAAAAUUGCGAUGCAGCAAAGCUCGCUGCGGUUCUCGAUCCCAUCGUCGCUUCGGCGGGCAAGCUUUCGAAGGACAGCCAUGCGAAUUAUGUCAUCCAAUGCGUCUUGGAGCGAGGUCGCGAGCAGGACAAACGUCAAAUUGUUCAGGCAAUAACACGGAGCGUGCUGGAUUUUUCCAAGAACAAGGUCUCGAGCAAUGUGGUGGAGAAGUGCUUCGAAAUCACUGCAAUUGGUGUCCACGCAGAUGUUCUAGCUGAUGAGAGAUCAGCGCUGAUGCGUGCAAUGCUGGGAUCUUCCUCGGACCCAGCUGCACCCAUUGCAAAGCUCAUGAAGGACCGGUUCGGCAACUACACAGUCCAGCGAAUCAUCGAAUACAGCCGGGGCGAGGACUGGGAGGAACUGUGUCGACGCCUCGAGGCGGUGGCGCAGGACCUCAAGAAGUCGCCGACAGGGCAGUACAUUAUUACUGCCCUGGAGAAGAAGAAGGCUGCAAUGGCAUCUCUCACCAUCAUGUACAUGCUUUUGGGAGUUCUGGUGGAUGUUGCGAGCUGA